ACCGCACUACCCGGGGAAUUACAUCGAGAGCGUCUUCUUCGCGUCCACGGUCAUCACGACCAUCGGAUACGGCAACAUGGCGCCCGUGACGACCUGGGGCCGCUUCUUCUGCAUCCUGUACGGCUUCGUGGGCAUCCCGGUCACCCUCAGCGUCAUCGCCGACCUCGGCACGAUCUUCGCCAACAUGGUCCUGGCCAUUUCCAAGAAGUUCCGGCGGGUAGCUGGGAACUGUGCGCCGUUCAAGGAACUCAAACUUCCCGGCGAAGACCAGUCCCGCGGGCUAAUUGUGUUCGGAUCCGUGCUCGCGCUUCUCGUCUACAUCGCGAUCGGUGGCGCCCUUUUCAUCCAGUGGGAAGAUUGGUCUUUCUUUGAAGCCUUUUACUUCUGCUUCAUCACCAUGACAACCAUCGGUCUCGGGGAUCUCGUCCCAGAACGCACGGAGUUCAUGCUCGUAUGCACACUGUACAUACUAAUAGGUUUGGCCCUGACUUCCACCAUCAUAGAGUUAGUCAGACGUCAGUACGCCGAGAGCUGGCAACAAAUGAAGGAGUUCAGUGGCAAGCUCGGGGAACUCUCAGGACCCCUGGCAGAGCACCUGCGGAGGAUCGGCGAGCAGGCGGGAGACCUCAACAUGGACGUACAUUUGCUGAAGGAUCUCAAGGACCUCAAGACCGUGAUCACGCUGAGCAAGCUGGAGGCCCUCACGCGAAUGGACCCCAAGCUGCGCACCGACGCCCGCCUUGCCGAGCUCCUGAAGAGCCACCUGGGCGGGGACGAGGGCGCGGCCUUCCUGGGCGACGUGGCGGAGGCGCUGCAGCCCAACGGCACCAAGAGGAAGGUCAUACAGGUCGUCAUCUACGAGAGCUCCGUGUGACCUGCAGGAGGCGAAGGACCCGGGACUUAGAAGGCCGUUUCACAAGGAGACUUAAGUUGCGGCAGUGAAGUUACGAAUGCAAGAUUUUUUUUUUUACUUUGACUUUGAGAACUCAACUUCAGAGUUAGAAUUAAUUUAUUUGUUAAAAUGUUUAGAAAAAUGUCUGCUGUGCAGAUUGCUUAAUUUUAAGGCCCUGCUUCGCAUAAAAUAUAUAUGUGUGUGUG